GCGCCUCGCCUUCUCGCCUUCCGCCCCGCUUUGGCAUCUCCCCCGUUCGCCCCGGGCUGGCCGUGGGGGGUGCCGCCGCCGCCGCCGCCAUGGGGCUGCCUACGCUGGAGUUCAGCGAUUCCUAUUUGGAUAGCCCAGAUUUCAGGGAGAGGCUGAAAUGUCACGAGGUGGAGCUGGAGAGGACCAACAAGUUCAUUAAAGAGCUCAUUAAGGACGGGAGCUCUCUCAUUGGGGCGCUGCGGACCCAGUCACUGAAGGAAUUUGCCCGGUUAUUGAUUGCGGUAGAAGAGGAGAGGCGGCGGCUGAUUCAGAAUGCAAAUGAUGUUUUAAUAGCACCGCUGGAGAAGUUUCGUAAAGAACAAAUUGGUGCAGCAAAAGAAGGAAAGAAGAAGUUCGAUAAAGAAAGUGAAAAAUAUUAUUCUACCCUAGAGAAGCACUUAAAUUUAUCUGCAAAGAAGAAGGAGUCACACCUGCAAGAUGCAGAUACUCAGAUUGACAGAGAACAUCAAAACUUUUAUGAAGCAUCAUUAGAAUAUGUCUUUAAAAUCCAGGAAGUGCAAGAGAGAAAGAAGUUUGAAUUUGUUGAGCCGCUUUUGGCAUUUCUUCAGGGAUUAUUUACAUUUUACCACGAGGGAUACGAGCUGGCCCAGGAGUUUGCACCAUACAAGCAACAGUUGCAGUUCAAUUUACAGAACACCCGGAAUAAUUUUGAAAGCACAAGGCAGGAAGUAGAACGACUUAUGCAGAGAAUGAAGUCUGCUAGCCAGGAUUACAGGCCACCGAGCCAAUGGACAAUGGAAGGCUACCUCUACGUGCAAGAGAAACGACCUCUAGGUUUCACCUGGAUAAAGCAUUACUGUACUUAUGACAAAGGGACAAAAGCAUUUACAAUGAGCAUUUCCGAAGCAAAAUCUGGAGGCAAAGUAAAUGGUCUUGUCCCAAGUACACCAGAAGUAUUCAAGUUGAAAUCCUGCAUACGGAGAAAGACAGAUUCAAUUGAAAAACGUUUCUGUUUUGAUAUUGAAGUUGUUGAAAGACAUGGGAUCAUUACACUACAAGCCUUUUCUGAGUCCAACAGGAAGCUUUGGCUGGAAGCUAUGGAUGGAAAAGAACCAAUUUAUACUUUGCCAGCUAUUAUUAGCAAGAAAGAAGAAAUGUUCUUAAAUGAAGCUGGUUUUAACUUUGUAAGAAAAUGCAUUUAUGCAGUGGAAACGAGAGGAAUCACCAUCUUGGGCUUGUACAGAAUAGGUGGCGUGAACUCCAAAGUUCAGAAGCUGAUGAAUACCAUAUUUUCUCCUAAAUCUCCUCCUGACAUGGAUAUUGAUAUGGAAAUUUGGGACAAUAAAACUAUAACAAGUGGGCUAAAAAACUACCUUAGGUGUCUUGCAGAGCCACUAAUGACCUUCAAGUUGCACAAGGAUUUCAUUGUUGCAGUUAAGUCCGAUGAUCAAAAUUACAGAGUGGAAGCUGUCCAUGCGCUGGUUCACAAACUGCCAGAGAAAAACCGAGAGAUGCUGGACAUCCUAAUCAAGCACUUAGUCAAGGUGUCAUUACAUAGUCAACAAAAUCUCAUGACUAUUUCCAACCUUGGAGUUAUUUUUGGUCCCACACUGAUGAGAGCCCAGGAGGAAACUGUGGCUGCUAUGAUGAACAUCAAAUUUCAGAAUAUUGUGGUUGAGAUUCUCAUUGAGCAUUAUGAAAAGAUAUUCCACACAGCCCCGGACCCCAACAUUCCUCUUCCACAGCCUCAAUCCCGGUCAAGCUCAAGACGGACAAGAGCCAUCUGCCUCUCCACAGGCUCUCGCAAACCAAGAGGACGGUACACCCCAUGCCUAGCAGACCCAGAUAGUGAUUCAUACAGUAGCAGUCCAGACAGCACUCCUAUGGGCAGCAUAGAAUCACUUUCAUCUCAUUCAUCAGAACAAAACAGCACCACAAAACCUUCAUCCUCUCAACCCAGGGAAAAAGCAGGAGGAGUUCCAUGGAUUGCCUCAUCCCCUUCCUCCAAUGGACAAAAGAAUUCUGGCCUUUGGACCACAAGUCCUGAAUCUUCCUCAAAGGAGGAUGCAGCAAAAACAGAUGUGGAAUCUGACUCUCAGAGUGUCGCCUCUAUCACAGAGCCAGAAAAUGUCACUCCACCAGCAGACCUGACCAACAGAGGGCUGUACAGUCUCUCUGGAAUGAAAAGAUCAACAGCUUCAUCCACUAGGUCCAUCCCUUCUGCAGAAGGUAACAAAAGCCGCAGUGGUUCAGUCCAGAGUUUAGCUUCUCUAGAUGCCAAGGAUGGAGCAAAGGCCACGGAAAACCCCGACUUGCCUCCAAAGCGGUGCAGAGGACUGCAGUUUGACGCAACAUCAAGCAAUGGCUAUCAGAGACCAGGGUCUGUGGUAGCAGCAAGGGCCCAGCUGUUUGAAAGUGCUUGCUCAGUGAAACAGGCUCCCUUGGGAAGGCAAGCCAAGGCCAUGUAUUCCUGUAAGGCGGAGCAUAGUCACGAACUCUCCUUCCCGCAGGGAGCGAUAUUUUCCAAUGUAUAUCCAUCGGUGGAGCCAGGAUGGCUAAAAGCAACAUAUGAAGGCAAAACAGGACUUGUUCCAGAGAAUUAUGUUGUCUUUCUCUAGGGAUAGUUAAUGGACAGCAGCAUCUUCAUGGUAUCCAUGGUAACAAGCAAGAAGCACUGUGAUUUUUUUUAUCUGACACGGAUGGAGGGGGGGUCUGCCAGGUAGUCGUGUGUGGUAGAUUUCCUUCGACUUCUGCAGCUGCAGAUCUCUGUCUUCUUAUGAGUGGAACAGAAUCUAAUGAAAAUAGUCAACAGGGUUUGGUUUUCUAAAUCUUUCUGUGUUUUGAAAUGGAAAAUGGUACUCUUUCGGUCAUUUCACUGCUGGUAACGAGAAAUUCAUUUUAACCAUCAAAUCAAAUAUGCUGAAAAUAAGACACUCAAAAUGAGAGCUUGGCAAACCUGUGUUGUUGUUCUCAGGCGAGCCAUUGAUUCUCAAUGGGUCCCAGUCAUUUCAAAUCAGUCCUUGAUGUCAAUGUUCAAUGAAUGAGAAUUGUUCACUGACAUAACAGAUUUCAACUACAAUUUCAUUGUAGCCGUGUCAUUUAUAGGCAGCAAAUGCAAAUAUUUGAACACCAAUUAAUCAAAGUAUGAUUUUUGUUUUAAAAGGCAUUUUAAUGCAAUAUGUGUGUGUUGGUUUUCUGCUUUACCACUUUGUGUCUUAUCCAUAUAAUUAUGAAUAAUUAAUAAUUUAUAUUUAUAGUAUCCAAAUUGUUAAAUUGUAAUCCUACAUAAGAAUCCCCAAUAAGAUACAGCUUUUUAUUUGUUUCAUGUGUUACCUUGGAUCCAUCAAAAUGGAAGAAGCAAGUCUCAAGCUGAAUAAAUAAGUACAAAUAAAAUAGUAGGAUCCUGACGUCUGAAUGAUCCAAGUGGUGAAUGAAGCAAGAAGUUAGAAUAAUCUGUGCUUUAACUAAAAUCCAUUAUAUCUCUACCACUGGUUUGGCAUGUGCACUAGUCCAGAUCUUGAAUUGUGAGUUGCUCCAAAGGGAUUCCUUCAGCCUGGGAGAAUGGGCAUCAAAAUGGAAAAUGCAGUUCAGUGUAAACAAGUGUAAUGUAAUGUUCAUUGCAGCAAAACAAUCCCAAUUUCAAGUGUAAUUUGAUGGGAUCUAAGGUAGCAUUGACUGAUCGAGAGAGAGAUUUAGCACAGCUCCAUGAAAAUGCCAGUCCAGUGUGCAGCUUAUAUGAACAAACCCAACCCCUGUUGGGCAUAAUUAGGAAAUGGAAUGAAAAUAAAACUGGCUUUAUACAAAUUGAUGGUGCAACCACACUUGGAAUGCUGGGUACAAUUCUGAUCACUAAACCUAAAAUAGCAUUUUGUAAGGUCUGGAAAAAUGCAAAAAAAGGCGGGGGCAAGUGAAAUGAUCAAAGCAUUGAAGCAGCACCCAAUGAGGAAAAGUUACGUCUGGGACUGCAGCAGGAGAGCAAGGCGAGACGGGAUAACAAUGUACAAAAUUAUGCCGAUGUGGAGAAAGUGGAGAGGGAGACGUUUUUCUCUUGUCUUUCAUACACUAGAACCCAAAGGGCUUAUUCCCUAAAGUGGAUUGGUGGGAGAUCCAGACAGAUGAAAGGAGGAAUGUCCUCACACAGUGCAUACCUAAACGAACAGUGGAAUCCACUUUCUCAUGAUGUAGUGAUAUCCACCUGUUCGGAGGGUUUUAAAAGGGAGCUGGACAAACACAGGAAGCAGAAAGCUAUUGAUGGCUACUAGACCCAAUGGCAAGACAUGGCUCCAGGAUGAGAGGCAGUAUGGCGGAGUGGCAUGGGCAGAAGGGUGGCGCUGCCCCACAGCCCACUUGGGUGUUCUUGUGGGAGAGCUGGCUGGUCACUGUGUGAAUGCCAGACUAAGUGGGGCCUGGGUCCGAUCCAGCAUGGCUCUUCCUAUGCUCUCACUGUAUAUCUCCUGGACAGUUCAUGGAGAGGCUCUUUUCACAUGUGCAACGCUUCAAAAACACCAUUCAGUUCCAUGUGUGGAUCAGGUCUCUGAAUCAAAGCAUCCGACCUCCAUGUGUGUGGCUUAUACUAUCUCAAAAAGCACUGUACUUGAGCACUUGUAGAGUUCUGUGAAAGAUGCAUGAAUGGUUUAGCUUUCAAAACAUUUGCUAUAUAUGCACAUGACCUGAUCUUAAGAACAUAAGAAAAGCCUUACUGGAUCAAACCAAAGGUCCAUCCAGUCUAGCAGUUCUUACACAUGAUGGCAAUUAGGGUAGGACUAAAUGAUGUUGAGGGUAGGACUAAAUCCUGGCCAUUUUCCUGUACACUGAAUAAGAAGCAUGACUGUCAUUCAACGAGAUACAGGCCCAGCUGUUGGGGUGGGUUGAUGAACUGCAUCUAAAGCUUGGACCUAGCUAGGGAUAUGAGCAAAAGAAACUUCUCUGUGCAUCUGUCUUGUAUUUGGAUGGGAAAAUGACAUUUUUUCAAAAUAUAACUCAUAUCCCUGUGAAUUGAUUUUGAUUUUGGUUAAAAUAAUGACACAGAUUAUAAUGGCUCCUUUUCUAAGGGAAGAGUCAGCCAAAAAAUGUUUUUGAAAAUAUUUCCUGCUAAUGGAUAAAAACAAAGGUAGAACAUAAUGAUGUUCUGUAUGUAGCAGCAUUUCAUAGUUUAUAUAAUUCAAAUAUAUGAUACUUUUUAUUCCCUGUCGCAAUGGUUGGUUCUCUUGGAAGGGAGAGAAAUCCUUUGGGUUAAAAUUACAACUCCUGAGGCACCAACUUGGCAGGUUGCUUAUUUGUGGAUUCUAUUUAAAUUAAUCAUUCUUUUUGCAGGUACUAGACUUGAUAUAAUAUUUGGAUAUGAUUUUGCAUUUUAAUGCUGGGAAUCUGUACCCAAGAAUACCACUAAGGUUGCAAUCUUGUGCCUGUUUAGACAGAACAAAGUCUUAAAACUCCCAGCGUUCCCCAGCCAGUGGAAUUGUUGGCCAUUUUUCUUCUCUAAAUAUGCAUAGGAUUGUGCUUUAAGUAAAAUAUAUUUAAGAAGUUAUUGCAAGUAAAUUAUAGAACUUUUUGUUUAUUUUGUAGUGUGCCUUUUUGUUAAUUCUCUGCACUCUGUACAUACGUAUAUGUAAAUAAUAACCAUCAUGUAAUUCCUGGAACAUUUUGCUACUACUAUUAUCUGUGUCAUAAUUUUACAUUAAGAAUAUAAGAAGUAUUUAAAUGAAUUAAAAAUACCUAUUGUCUUUUUGAUGUUGCA